AUGGUAAAAUCGGGGGCUGCAAUCGCCGUCGAGGCAAGCUUGGACAAGGAAAACACCAAGGAACAUAUUGAGGAGGUAGCGUUGGCACGCGUGACCGAGGAAGACUUGUGGAAGCUGUCCCAGGAGUCGUUGCAAAUAUGGUCAUGGACUGGAUUCCGUCUGGGUCUCAUCAUGUUCAUCCACGGGUGCAACCAAGCUGGCUUUGGAAUUGAUUGGGGUGUCAUUGGUGGUAUCAAUUCCCUCCAGCCAUGGCAUGACUACUUUGGCUUUGACACUUCAGGUGGUACAUAUGGUCUUGUCAAUGCCCUGAUGCAGAUUGGAACUGUCUGCGGUGCUCCUUUUAUGGCUUUGGCCGAUGUGAUCGGCCGUCGUGGAAUCAACUUUGCCGGCAAUGCGAUUGUGAUUUUCGCAGCUCUUCUGCAAGGCCUGGCCGUUAACCUGCCCAUGUUUAUGGCUGGACGAUUCUUCAUGGGUUUCGGUACUGCUCUUAUGUCGAGUUCGCAAUAUAUUGGUGAAAUAUCCCCCGUUCACCUCCGUGGUCGCAUGGUCGGCUUUUUCGGAGCUUGCUUCCAAGUCGGCAGUCUGACCAUGCUCGGUGCGAUGAUUGGACUUUCUACUCUGUCGGGUAAUCUUUGCUGGCGUAUUCCCCUCAUCCUCGAAGCCCUCUUUCCAGCCAUUGUCUGCGUGGGCAUUUACCUUGUCACCCCCGAGUCGCCUCGUUUCUAUGUUAUGAAGGGCGAUCGACAAAAGGCCAAGGAAAUCGUGGCCAAGUAUCACACCACCAGCACGGAUAUCAAUGAACCAAUUGUCGAGAUUGUUAUCAGACAGAUCGAGGAGUCUCUUGAGGCAGAUCGCCAUCGAUCAGGUACCAGGGCCUUCUGGGAUUACCGAGCUUUCUUCACCAAGACAGCACGAUACCGUCUCCUGGUCCUGGUCUUGUAUUCGAUCUUCCAACAAUGGAACGGCGGCAGUAUUAUCACAUACUAUAUGACACCUUCACUGCAGCAACUGGGAAUUACCGGCACAAGGCAGCAACUUGGCAUUACCAUUGGAACCACAGCGGUUUACUUUGUCUUUACAGCCGUUGGAUCCCUUCUCGUUGACAAGUUCCGCAGGCGGACCUUGAUCUUUGUUGGUUUAAUCAGCAUGAUCAUCUUCCAAACGGCGACUACCAUCACAUCGUGGCAGUAUAGUCUCAGUGCCAACAAUGCUGUGGCGGCACUCACCCUCCUUUGGAUCUUCCUUUAUCAGACCUUCUCUGCGACGUUCAUUGCGACCAUGCACAAUCUGUACCCGAUUGAGAUUCUCUCUCUGCCUCUUCGUGCAAAGGGAAUGGGUCUAUAUGGCCUGAUCCAAGGCGGUGCUGGAGCCGCGCAAACGUACGGAAUUGGAGUCGGCAUCGCCAAGGUUGGAUACAAGAUUUGGGUGGUGUAUAUCGUUUACAACACCGUCCAGCUUGUCUUGUCUUACUUCAUCUUCCCAGAGACCGCCGGUCUUUCUCUGGAGGAGAUUGAUACGGUGUUCGAAACACCCGGUGUUGCGCCAGUCAAGAUGUCGUUGGACAUCCAAAAGGCCAAAAAGGAGAGAAGCGCCGCGGGACGGGACGAGGAGACUAGGUUUGGAUACUAA